AUGGCGGACGCAGCAAGAGGCCAUGGGUCUCUCCCGGUGGCUAACGUGCAGGCGCUUGCGGAGACUUGCAAUAACGGAGUGGAUGAGCCGGUGCCCCAGAGAUACCUCAGCAAGGAUCCUAGCGCGGAGGAGGUCGUAUCCGCCGACGACAGCGCUUGCGCGAUUCCGGUCAUCGAUUUCCGGAAGCUGCUUGAUCCGGAGUCAUCGGAGGAGGAGUGCGCCAGGCUCGGAUCCGCAUGCCACCACUGGGGCUUCUUCCAGCUCAUCAACCAUGGAGUUCCGGAUGAAGUGAUUGCAAAUCUGAUGAAGGACGUAGUCGGGUUCUUAAAGCAGCCGCUGGAAUCCAAGAAGGAAUGCGCGCAGCAAGCUGGCAGCCUUGAAGGCUAUGGACAGGCGUUUGUUGUGUCUGAGGAUCAGAAGCUGGACUGGGCGGACAUGUUCUACCUUCAGGUUCAUCCGAGUGAGUCCAGGGACAUGCGCUUCUGGCCUACUCGCCCUGCAUCCUUCAGGGAUUCCGUGGACUCAUAUUCCCUGGAAGCAGCAAAGCUAGCGUAUCGCUUGCUGGAGCUCAUGGCCAAGGCCGUGGGCACCGAGCCGGCGGUGCUGCGAGGCGUGUUCCAAGGGCAGCCGCAGGGCAUGCGGGUGAACCUCUACCCGCCGUGCCGGCAGGCAGCUGGCCGGGUGCUGGGCCUGUCGCCGCACAGCGACGCGUCUGGCAUGACGCUGCUGCUGCAGAUGAACAACGAUGUGCAGGGACUGCAGGUCAAGAAGGAUGGCAGGUGGUUCGCCGUGGACGCCAUGGACGGCGCCUUCGUCGUCAACGUCGGCGACUUUCUUGAGGAUACGUGGUGGUGUCUCGGUCUGACGUUGAAAACGCUUUCCUUUUUCGGUGUUGGGGGGUUGGGUUGGGGGCAUCCAUUUGUGUCUCGAUCUGUGCUGAUGUAUCUUGUGCCCUUCGUUUUGCAGAUCAUGAGUAAUGGGAAAUUCACCAGUGUUGAGCAUAGGGCUGUGAUACACCCAACCAAGAAGAGAAUUUCAGUGGCAAUGUUCUUCUACCCUUGCCCGAAUAUGAUGGUUGGUCCUUUGCCAGAGCUCGUGAAAGGCGGUAUAGAUCAACGGGUUAUGAGGAUUUUAUGA